UCCCUAAUCAAAAAGAAGAAGAAUAAGUGUUUAGUCAUUUUCGAUCCCAUUUGUUUCUCGAAGUUUUCCAAAAACAGCCAUAUAAGAGGCCUUCUGUAACUUUAGUAAUCAGUUUCAAACAAUACAGCAACUAGAAAAGCAAAGCCAUGGAGUUUCCGCACUUGGGUCAGCACUGCAGCGAGCCAACUUGCAACAGACUAGAUUUUCUGCCCGUGAAGUGCGACUCUUGCGACAAGGUCUUCUGCGCCUCGCACUACAAUUACGAGCGCCACAACUGCCCUAGUGCCCACAGGAAAAACGUCCAGGUGCCCAUCUGUCCACUGUGCCGUGAGCCCGUACCCACGCCUCCAGGAGUUGAGCCCGACGUCACCGUGGGCCAGCACAUCGACCAGCAGUGCAAGUCGGAGAGCAAGAAGAUAUACACGAAUCGCUGUCACGCCAAGAACUGCAAGCGCAAGGAGCUCAUCCCGGUGACCUGCUCCCAGUGCCACCUGAACUUUUGCCUGCGUCAUCGCCACACCAGUGACCACGACUGCAAGCCAGCGCCAGUGAAUCCAUCUACAUCAUCUGUCAGUGGAGGAUGGCAGUCCAUUUUCAAGACCUCCUCGGACACUAGGUCUAUGGCUGCCCAGGCUGCCGAGCGGCGGAGGCAGGCCAAACCCACUAACAGCAGCACCAGCAAUUCUAACUCCAAUCCCAGACCAAGACCUGUGCAAGCCACUCAAGUACAAAAUAUUCAGGGAAACAUGAGUGAAGACGAGGCCCUCGCGCGAGCCCUUGCCUUAUCAAUCAUGGAGCAGGAUGACGCGGCGGAACGCAACCGCCAAGCUCCAACCCAGAACAACCCCCAGCAGGUGGCCGUGGGCGGGGCCGGCAACCAGCAGGGAAACGCCAAAGACAAGUGCCUGCUGUCCUAGUUUACAGAAAGCCCAGAACUCUCAACAUAUCCAUCACUUGACCAGCAGCAAGGAAUCUGCCCAACUAUUUAGAUGUUAAUCAAACUCCGUUAUCGUAAUAUUUGUUGGUAAUUUACUUCGACUUCGUCACAUUCUACGUGGUUUAGCAAAAAUAAAUCAAUGUUAACUCUACAUUUUUGGAAAGCAUA